AUGACUUCACAUAGUACUCAAGAUGACAACGGUUUUUCAAAUCUUAAUAUUAUACAAAACACUACAUCUUCUAAUGGUAGUGCCUCCAUGCCUCAAGAAAUUGUAUUCUAUUACAUGCCAAACAACGAUUUUCAAAUUUAUUUUAUUCAUUGUAAAGAAAUUACCUUCAAUGAGCUUAUAUCUCAAUUGUUAAAUAAUAACUUGUACUCGACUUAUAAUUGUCAUAAUUCAAAUAACAUUUUCGUAUUUUAUUUUCAACAUCCUACCGAUCAAAAGAUUUAUCGAGUGACUUCUGAAAUGACUCCUCAUUCAUACAUAGUUCAAUAUUUAAACUUUAAUUUCUAUGGCAUUGAAAUAAAGCAAAGCGAGCAACAACAGCAUCAUCAUCAAAAUUUGGAAUUUUCUAACAAACAUAAGCAAAACCUUGAGUUUCACUUGAGACAAUUCCUCAUUGGUCAUUUAUCUGUUUGA